UGAGCAGUGCGCAUGUGCCGAGCCGAGCCGAGCAGUGACGCGUCGAGAAAAGUGUCAAACAAGAAGGUCGUUAAAAAAGAAAGACAGGGCAAAGAAGCGGAAAGUCUCCCACAAAGUGCAAUGAAGAGGUCGACUCUUGACGCGCUAAUUAAUGGAGGGACAUGUCGUCGAUCGUCUUUUUUGUAGUCGAGCUCCUCCUCCUCGGUUAAGUUGACGAAAUCGAGCGUCGAGCUGAGCUGAGCUGACCGCGGAAGCUAACCGGGCUAGCAUGGAAGUAGCCGGCGGCGGGCGGUCUUAGCUUCGCCUCGCCUCGCCUCGCCUCGCCUCGCCUCGCCUUUUUCGAGAGUCCUCUUCACAGCCACCCACCGUGUUUGGCAUCGCGGCGACUCGCGCGCGACCCGCUUCCUUGCGCCGACUGGUGCUGAUCGAGGCGACGAUGUCUCGGAGGCGGCUGGACAGCCGCAGCGGACUGGCUGCCGGACUGCUGGCCGAAAGUCACACACCGAUCAGCGCGGAGCCUCUGGAUGCCGUGUUCGAAGUCACCGGCGAGCUGGGGAGGGGCAAGUUUGCUGUGGUCAAGCGCUGCGUGGAGAAAGCCACGGGCAAGGUGUUUGCCGCCAAGUUCCUGCGCAAAAGGAGGAGGGGCCGCGACUGCCGGGCCGAGGUGGUCCACGAGAUGGCCGUCCUGGAGACGGCCCGCAGCAACCCCAGGGUGGUCAACCUGCACGCCGCUUACGAAACGGACCACGACAUCGUCCUGGUGCUGGAAUACGCGGCGGGCGGCGAGAUCUUCGACCACUGCGUGUGUGACGAGCUGCUGCCCGAGGCCCAGAUCACCCGUCUGAUCAGGCAGACGCUGGAGGGCGUUCAGCACCUUCACCAGAGCAACCUGGUGCACUUGGACCUCAAGCCUCAGAAUAUCCUCCUGACCAGCCUUUCCCCACCCGGGGACAUCAAAAUUGUCGACUUUGGCCUGGCGCGCAGAUUGGGCGCGGUCGGCGAGCUGCGAGAGAUUCUCGGCACACCUGAGUAUGUGGCACCGGAAGUCCUCAAUUACGAGCCCAUCACGACCUCCACGGAUCUUUGGAGCGUGGGCGUCAUCACCUACAUGCUGGUGACGGGCGAGUCGCCGUUCGCCGGCGACGACAAGCAGGAGACGUACCUGAACGUGUCCCAGGUCAACGUGGACUACAGCCUGGAGGCCUUCUCCAGGGUUUCCGAGCUGGCCGUGGACUUCAUCCGAAAGCUGCUGGUCAAAGCGCCCGAGGACCGUCCCAGCGCGGCCGAAUGCAUCGGCCACCCUUGGUUGUGGCAGCCGCCGUCGGCCGGUCCCGAGGCGGCGUCGGCCCGCGGCGCCCGCGAGCGGAGCUGCGGUGGAAAGUGGGCGGCGCCUCCGCCCGAGGACCCCGAAGACAAGGAGAACUUCCUGGAGUCAGCGGCGCCGCUGCACUUCCACGCCAAACGCGUCCGCUUGGACGAGGAGACGCUUCUCGGAGACGGUGACGUGUGAAGUGGCUUUUAAGAGCGCCGGGCGACAUAUUUCCAUUUGUUGAUUAACACAAGCCAAAGAUAAUCAUCUCACUCCUUCGCCGCCGAGUUAAAGCGGCCCUCUUGUCGCCAGUGGACUUUUGGCCGCGCGCGGCACCUUCUGCGCUUCUCGCCUGUUUUGCCAAAGGACUGGACCGGACUGAUGCAAAAAGCACAUUCCCACACUUGAUGGCCACUUUUGGAAAUCUUUGAAUGGCCUUUUUCCCUUUUCAGUGUUAAUCCGAUUCUCAGGUGACGACACGUCGGCGGCCAAACCAGUUCCGCUUUUGUCGUCCUGCGGAAAAGGGAACCCCGGCGACCGGCACUUAACUUCCUCAUUGACGCGGCGCUUUAUGCAUUCACGCAUGUUUUUAAAACGAAGGCUCUUCUUUGCGUAUAAACAGAAAAGACAAAAAAAAAAAAAAAUCACUGCUCACUUUUCAUAUUCCUAACGUCAUCCUUACUGAUUUUAUUUAUGCGCAGGAACUCAACGUUAUUUUAGUGUUUUCAUGUCGCUAAUAUGUUUUUGCUAUGUGGAUCGCUGGAGAGUGGUGACAAAUGAAGGCAAUUGAGAAGGACCAACGCUCCAUGUGACAGCAACGGCAUGCGUCCAAGCGCUCGUCGCCUUCUGUUAACGUUCAGCUCAGAAUGAGGCUGCUUUUUUUCCGGGUGGUAUAGGUGACGCAAAUAUGUACAACAGUGCCUUGAGAUAUGAGUGACCUGAGUUUUUUGCUAUACAAGCCAUCUUUUGACAUUUUUUUUACUCACCAGCUGAAGCUUGUGUGCCGGCUCAGCAAACAUUCCUCGCUGGCUCGCUGGCUUCUUCCACAAAGAGGCUUCCAGCUGUUUGAUUUUCAAUUGUACGCUCCAACAAAAACAGUUUCAAAGUUUUGUCCUUCAUUUAACUUCUUUGCCUUCCAGAAAGCUCUUUCUAGCUUAAUGCAAACUGACCUCUUUGUAAAAAAAAAAAAAAAGGGCUUCUUUUUUUUUUUUUUUAUUUAAAAAAAUUAAUUGAGGGAGGCACCGGAACGGAUGAUUGACAUUUAGAUUCAUUUGGGUGGGGAAAGAUGAUUUGUUACCAGCCUGCCCAUGGAAUGAAUUGAAUUGGAGCCCCGAGCGGCCUCUUCAGGUUGUAUUUCAAAAAUAGCCUUGCGCUCGCUCCAACUUGCGGUUUUCUCUUGAUUGUCAGUCAUCCGGGUUUUUGUCUGAUACCUCACACGCACAUUUUGCCACAGAUGUUAGUUUCUUUUGGAAUGGUUCCAAUUGAACCCAGGGGCAAGUUGAUUGUGUCCAACUCAGGUUUUGUGAUCAAGCCACACACAAGCUAGUGCACGUUUAGGCUCAUUAAAGCUGAUGGAAA